AUGGAUGUCAGGAUUACUGUCAAGAGCGGGGAGAUUGACAAUUAUCAAAUCGGUACAGAAGAUAAGCUCAUUUGGAGUUGCUCCGAUGAUGGAAGUUUCUUUGUAAAGUCCUUCAUCACUUCAGUGGAGUCAAAUGCGUUGGGCUUUUCUAAAACACGUCAUACUUUUGAUAAUAUCUGGCAGGGAAUAGUACCUCCGAGGGUGGAGAUGAUGGGCUGGUUUCUGAUAUUAGGCAAGCUCAACACGAUGAAAAGGCUCGCCCAAAUUAAUGUGGUGGGUGCAAAUGAGGUAACUUGUGCUUUAUGUGGUUUAUAUGAUGAGGAUAUAGAUCACCUAUUCAUCCAUUGUAAUUAUGUUUUUCAUUUGUGGAAUAAAGCUAUAGUUGUGGGAGAAAUUAUAUGGGUUAAGCCAAAGGGGGUGAGGAGUUUCUUUGAAUAUUGGUGUAAGCAAGAGGUGGUGAGAGUGGGAAGGAGAAGGUGGAUAAAUUGUUGGUUUGCAAUAGUAUGGGUGAUAUGUUGGAUUAGAAACCAAUUUAUUUUUGAAAGAAAUGAUAUAUCGUGGGAGAAUGCAUGGGAGUUUAUUAUGUACCAGCUAAAAGAAUGGGAAAUGCUUAACAAAAGAAGAAAGGAAGAGCAGUCAACUAUUGUUCAAGGGGCUACAAGUAGUCUAGAACCAGUUGUGAACAUUGAAUAUGAAUUUUCUUGGUGGAUUUGUGAUGAAUAUGUUGCUUCAAAACAAUGUAUGGCAGUGGGUGGCUAUCUUGUGAAUGCCGAAAAUAAUAUUGUUGUGCUUUUAUGUGAGUUUUUGAACGCAGAUUCUAGAGUUAAUGUCUUGGUGGAGUGCAUUGAAGCAUCCGUUUAA